AGAGACCGAGCGGUAGACCGUACGCGUAGUCUGUCAGGUCGGCGAGGAACCGACAAGAAAAAAGUUCGCACGAGCGAACCCCCGCGCGCGGCUUCUGUGCGGCCACAGCAGCUUGAAAAAAAAAAAGGGUGCUUCUUCUCUCUGCGGGCGAGAGGCUGUGCAAUCCUCGGCAGUGUUCUGAGACUGUACGGCCACGACCCCCCACCCCCCCACCCCACCCGCACCAACCCCACCACCACCCCCACCACCUCAACCCACCCCCCCCCCCCCCCCCGGUCAAGCUCACUGACAGCCUGGUUUUUAACGGACUACCCAACAGGUUUUUCAUGACAUGGUCCGCGAGAGGAGUUUCACGUCGAUAUAAAAAAAAAAAACAACACCACCACACACGUGUUUCUUCUUUUGACUUUCUAAAGUCGGAGUUUAACGGAGACUGUACAACAGCGGAGAGGAACAAGAAAACAUGACGGCCGACAAGGAGAAAAAGAGGAGCAGCUCUGACCGGCGUAAGGAGAAGUCUCGCGACGCGGCGCGCUCCAGACGCAGCAAAGAGACGGAGGUCUUCUACGAGCUCGCCCACCAGCUGCCGUUGCCCCACAGCGUCACCGCCCACCUGGACAAGGCCUCCAUCAUGAGGCUGGCCAUCAGCUUCCUGCGCACACGCAAGGUGCUCGCCACAGGCUGCGGCGGUGAGGGCGAGGGCGAGGGUGACGAUGACGAUGACGGGCAGAUGGACAGUCUGUACCUGAAGUCAAUGGAGGGCUUCAUCACCAUGGUAACAUCCGACGGCGACAUGAUAUUCCUGUCCGAGAACAUCAGCAAAUUCAUGGGGCUCACGCAGGUGGACCUCACUGGUCACAGCAUCUUUGACUUCACCCAUCCAUGUGACCACGAGGAGAUCCGAGAAAACCUCUGCCUGAAGACAUCUGGCAGCGGCUUCGGUAAAAAAGGCAAAGACCUGAGCACCGAGCGAGACUUCUUCAUGAGGAUGAAAUGCACGGUGACCAACAGAGGACGCACCGUCAACCUCAAGUCGGCCAGCUGGAAGGUGCUGCACUGCACCGGCCACCUGCAGGUGUACAACAGCCGCCCGCCGCCGGCGCCGCCGCGCGUGCUGUGCGGCUUCGCGGAGCCCCCGCUCACCUGCGCCGUCCUGGUGUGCGAACCCAUCGCGCACCCGUCCAACGUCGACACGCCGCUGGACAGCAAGACGUUCCUGAGCCGACACAGCAUGGACAUGAAGUUCACCUACUGUGACGAGAGGGUAACAGAGCUGAUGGGCUACACUCCUGAGGACCUGCUGGGUCGCUCCGUCUACGACUUUUACCACGCGCUGGACUCGGACGGCGUCACCAAGAGCCACCACAACUUGUGUUCCAAGGGCCAGGCGGUCAGCGGUCAGUAUCGCAUGCUGGCCAAGAACGGGGGCUUCGUCUGGGUGGAAACCCAGGGGACCGUCAUCUACAACAGCCGUAACUCCCAGCCCCAGUGCAUCGUGUGCAUUAACUACGUCCUCAGCGACAUCGAGGAGGAGUCGAUGAUCUUGUCCCUGAAGCAGACGGAGUCCCUGUUCACGCCGCACCGCAUGAGCAGCUUCUUCACCGCCGGAGGUGCAGGCGUGACCGGAGAGCCGGGAAAAGCCCUCUUCACCAAACUCAAAGAGGAGCCGGAGGAGCUCACCAGGCUGGCUCCCACACCCGGGGACACCAUCGUCACCCUGGACUUCGAUCAGUUCGAGGAGCCCCGGCAGCCCGGAGGAUACGCCCAGGCGUCCGCGGCAUCGAUGCCCCCCCCUCCGGGACCCACUUCCUGGGCCAGCGAGAGCCACAAGCCCGCCCCUCCGGCGUCAGUCCCAAGGGACGUGGCUAACACGGCCGGCGCGUUCACCGUGCGGCGGAACCCGCCGCCGGGCAGCGCCACUCCGAGCCUCAGCGGCCGCUCCACGCCCAGCAGCCCAGGUGACUACUACAGCUCUGUGGAGAGCGACCUGAAGGUGGAGCUGACUGAGAAGCUGUUUUCUCUGGACACGGAGGGAAGCAGUCCUGCAAACACGGAGAGCAACUUGAGUGACUUAGAACUGGAGACUUUGGCUCCUUACAUCCCGAUGGAUGGCGAGGACUUCCAGCUGCAUCCCAUCAUCACAGAGUCCGAGCCCAUGGAGGGGGGUCCAGCAGGAUCCAUUGGGAGCAACAACGGCCUGGCCAAAACACAACAGUCUACCCAGGGGAGCUUCAGCAACAUCGCCAGCCUCUUCCAGCCCCUGUCCUCCCCUCCUCAGCCCCAAGGCCACUACCAGCACCAGCCGGCUGCGUCCUGGGCCGCGGGGGAGGAGAGAGGCUCCAGCCGGGGGGCCGUGGACUCCCGUAAUGGGUCUUGCGUAAUGGGGCACAUGCAGAGUCAUGCGUUCCAGGCUCCAGCCAGCGCCCCUCUGUCCUCCAUGGGUGGCAGGCAGAACCUGCAGUGGCCACCGGACCCUCUGAAAACAUACCGGCAACAAGCCGCCAAGGUGUACCUGACGGACCGUUUGUCUGGAGAGGAGCGCCCGUCCUGCCAACAGAACGUGUCACACCUCAUGCACAAACAGAGGUCCAUUGACAGCUUUGUGCAAGCCUACGGAGACAUGAUUCCAGCCAGAGUGGCCAUGGCCAACAAUAUCAAGCGCUCCUUCACUCAGAUGACUGUGGGCGACAGCACGCCUUCAGAAGUCAUCUGGAAGAAGAUGAGGGGUGACAGUUGUGCCGCCGUGGACCGCUCCCUCAACGCCAGAUCACUGGCAGCGCCAGAGAUGGGCAGGAUGAUGCCAGCCGUGCAGCAACAAAGGAAGAGUCAGUAUCCAGGAAGCGGGAUAGGUGGUGCAAGUGAGAAACAGUUCCUCCACAAGAGCUGCAACUACAUGUAUAACAUGCAGCCGUCUAACAAGGCCGAGGGCAUGGCUAGCCGCUUGCUGGGCCCUUCGUUUGAGGCCUCCUGUUUGCCGGAGUUGACCCGCUACGACUGCGAGGUCAACGUCCCCCUGCAGGGCAACCUGUACCUCCUCCAGGGCUGUGACCUGCUGAGAGCCCUGGACCAGGCCACCUAGAGCCCCAGAUUCAAAAUCUGCCUUAGACCUGGACUCUUUCCCGACCCUAAGCCUCAGUCUGCAGCCCAAGACUUAAGCCUUUCUUUACCUUCGUACCUCUGGGCCUUCUGAGAGCCCCGAGGCUAAGCUACCUAUAGGGAAUGUUAUUCAUAACCAUAUCCUGCCUUAUUUAGCUUCUGUGCCUCAGCCCACACUAUUGUUCCCUGUUCCUUUAUAGUUCUGUACGUACACCAUCUACAAGCCGAGAUAUCAGGGUCAAGGUCUCUUUCCUGGAGCUCUUGGUUGAACCAGCGUACAAAAGUCGCCCUUCAUUGAGCCAACCACAUAGAUGACCCACACAUAUAACGUAACAUGGGUCACUUGGUGAACGCGAGGACAGUUAACAGAGUAAAAAUAAUGCGUCACGGUCCGCGGAGAAAUCUCCCCACACCGGGAUUUACCGCCGGUCACCGGGGUUUUGCGUAAACGUCAGAAACACCGGCUGAACUCGGGGUCUUUGGCGUAAAAAGGGAUUCAAACCUACGACCCGUGUCUUAUCGAGGCCCGGUGUCCGUCUCAGUACUCCACCCUGAUAUGAACUGCAGCUCAGUUCACAGACAUAGCUUCUCUUUAGCAGCUACUCCGCUAGCUCAGAGGAGAAGUGUUAUACUACCUAGACGACACUGUGUUCUAUCACUUUGAAUAUUUAACCAGCAAUUGAACCCAGCCCACUUUCUUAGUCUCUGUCAAAGUUGGGUGUCACGGACACGAGACAUUUUUAGAUUUAAAACCACCCAUAAUUAUUUUUAAAGCAUGCUAUCUCUUUCUGCCAAUCAAGUAGACAUGCUCCCAAAAAUUCCAAAUCGCCUAUAUUAGGAUGUCCAACUCAAGUAAAAACAACAUUCAACUUGUACAUGACAAUAUAGAGAAUAUUUCAUUUUUUGUGUGUGUCAUGAAACACUUAUUUAGGUUUUAUUUCAUCCUCCCAAUAAGCAGAAUAAAAGUGAUACACCCAGCUCGGCUUGAGCCUUUUUUCCGCAUGUUAAGACAGACACACGUAAGCAGCCAUCGACCUCUUCUUGCCUGAAUCCAUCCCACCGGAGUCCCUGUAACAUCACCAUCUGCUCUGUUUAAAUAAUAAAGUAGUGCAGUUUGUUCUUUCAGGAGUCGAGUUCACAGUCGCAUUUCUUCUGUUUGGUUCAACUGUCAUUACAUAUGCAUUAUAUUGUUAUUUUACUUAUUAUAAUAACUCUUUUUACACAUUAUACAUUUUAGCUAUUUCAUCCUAAUCGACAGGAGAUACCAAUACUGCUUUACUUCUCCAUAUUUGUUUUUAUGUUCUUAUUCUGCCAACCGGAUGCUUUUAUUGCUUGUGUCCAACUCACAGAGACGCUAAACAUAUAUUGUAAUACAUGUAUUCUACUGUAAGUUGAAUGUUAAGUUUUUGUUGUUUUGUUUUUUAACUUCUCUCCUUACGUCUGUCCCUUAUUUAUCCAAACGUGUUUUUCUCACACUUGACUUUCUCAGUCAGGUUCGUAGCUUGUGUGACGACAGGGAUGUUUUCUUUUUGUGCAAUUAUUUCAUUGAGCUAAAGAUGAUGUAGUCAGCGGCAAAGCUUGCCUUAUUCACCAAAACCGAUGGCUUUGCACGAAAGCAUCUGACUUGCACACAUUGUAAUAGUUAACGUGAUUACAUAUUGUUGACUUGCACUUCACGCGACAUAGAAAACCAUAAAAACCAGUAGUGAGCACAGACGAUCUAGUGGGCCAGGGGUGGGGAUAGAAAAAUGGGGAACCUCUUGCGAAUGAGAGUUUCACUUUAAUUGUUGCCCUUAAUAGAUCACGUGUCUUCGGCUUUGUAACUACAGAUCAACUAUAUAUCAGCUUGUUUUGCAGAUCUUGGUCACAUGCAGACUACGUGGUUUUACAUUUUGUUUUUUGUUUUACAAAGUGUUCCGCACCACAACAACGUAGCUUGCGGAAUGGUUAGCUGUAGUGGGAAGUACGUGAGAUUUGUAGUAAAUCGGUUUAAAGGUCACAGGCUCUAAUCAAGAGAUGGCACUUUUUCACUUUGGCUGAUCCAAAGGACGAUUGGCCAAUCAAGAGUGCCACUCGCGUCGGUUCCGUUAACCCUCAGUCGCCCCUUUGUUGUGAUAUUAGCGUAAAAAAAUGUCCCAAUAAAUUCUGGCCUCCUUCACCCUCUUUGCACACCACUGCACAAUCCAAUCGGUCUAAAGUCGAUGGCCACAGCGAGUAGGUGAGCGCGUCCUCAUUCAGACUAUACAUAUGUACAUAGUAGCAGCAGCAGCCUUAGUUUCAGUGCAGUUCACCAGCCUGUGAAGUGACUUGAAGUGUAUGUAUUAUUCUUUAUGGUUUAGGUCAGUUUAUAUUGUAAUUCAUGACAAUAUCAGAAAGUUUUGACACAGACUAUUAUUAGUAGAUCUAAUACACUAUGAACUAUGAGUAAGGUCAGAGUUUUUAUUUUCAAACUAGAAAACUGCAAUUUUCACCCAAAUGAUGUCGGUAAUCUCACCGUUAGCCAAACGUUAGCCAAACGUUAGCCAAAAAGUUAGCCAAACGUUAGCCACGUUUCCCGUACACUCAAAAGUAUUUUUUGUAUUAAUCUCACUCUACUUUUUGAGGUAAUCAUCUUUGUGUGGUGACCACUUAAGAGAAUGAAUUAUAGAGCUUUGUUCACGUGUUUAAAGACAAAACUAAUGUUGAAGAUAGUGUUUUUUCGUGUUUGUGUUCUGGUACUUUGUCCUUAUGCAGACGGAUCAGAUCCCUGGCUGUGCAGUUUUCUUUGUUGUGGAAUUUUUUGUUGUUGUUGUGGCGUUUAUCCUUAAAUAUCCUAUCGCUAAGAUAUCUACUGGAUCUGUUGGCUGGGCAGUUCUGUUUUUGUUCUUGCUUUAAAAGGCGAUAAAACAAACAAAAAGACGACAGGAAAAAAAGUUCCGAUUAAAGAAAAUGAAUUGGUUUCACUUUUCAGAUAUAUGUAGCAUUUUGAAUAUUGUAAAGAAGGUGAAGUUGCCACAUUAUUAAUCAUAGUCACCAUGUAUGUUUUUAGACUUUGUAUAACAUCUCCUCUUGGAUCCUAACACUAUAUUUUGAUGUUCUCUGAUAUAUGUUGUGCUGACAUUUUCUUUAAAGUUCAACCUUUUUUUUAAUCCUUAUAAUGUGCCUUAUGGUUGUCCCACUGCAAACCGAGUUUGCCCUUCAAGCGCACAGUUGACUUCCUUUGAAAAUCCCAACUUGAAAACGUAUCUUAACAACCAGCUGGCAUUUGUUGUUGGGAUGAUCAUUUUCAUAAUAACCCCUCGGGUCGUGUAGUCAACAGCUUCCUCUGAAACAAUCAUUUAGAUCCAGAUAGAACCGCAUACGAUGGAAGGCUCUAAAGGAGAACCAUAUUAGAACCCAUUGUAGAUUGCCUGAUGAUAACAAGUACAAAUGUGUGAACGUUUUAAAAGCUCACGGUCUGUUUGACGAUGACGCUGCUUGUGGGCUUUGGUUUAGUCGGAAGAGAUUUGACUGGACAGUAAAAGGUCAGAGGGGAGGGUCAAAGGUCAGAGGGGACAGCAGUGAGAAAGUCAGCGCCUUGCUUUUUGCGGAUUACUUGACACACAUGUUGAGAGUCCAUUACGGUCACUCUGCAGAAACCAAAUGUGGCGGACUUUUGUCUUUUAAAAAAAAAAGAAAAGAAAGUGGUUUAAAAAAGCUGUAAAGUUUGCCUUAAAAAAAAAUUGGGAUGUUUAAGAAAGGCAAUAACCAAAUGUGUUGAAGUAAAUCACAGCAUUUCAACUGAAAUGAAGUAUAUAAAGCUGUCGAGCAGUGACUACAAUGUUAUUACAACUAAGUCCAAUUCUAUGAAUAUUAAAUCCAGGUUGUAGAAGAGAAAAUCGAGCCAGCUAAACCACAUGAUGUUUGAUAGGAGUGGAGAUUAUUAUUAUUAUUAUUAUUAUCCUGUGAGGGGUGAGAAACAGUUAUGAAGGAGGAAGGAAAAUAAGUAAUAUCGACUUGAAUGAUACACAGAAAGUGAGAUGCAUUCUGCUCAGCCUGCCCACUGAUGCAUUUCUCCUCAACUCCUCCACCAGACUUAUAACUCCUCUGUUACUACUCUCACUCCCUUCUGACUCAAAAUGCCACAUUUGAUUUUCUCUCCUGAUACGUCAGCAAUUACUUUAGAUAAGAGGUUUUUUUUUUUAUUUUUAUCAUUGCUCAGAUUAAAAGUUCCUUUUUCAAUGUUAAAGGCAAAUUGAGAUAUUCCUAUUGGUAGGAUCAUGUAUAGUAUUACAUAUGUCCUGUAUAAGGAACAAUUAUAGAAAUAGAAGUUAGUUGGAUGACAGAAAAGCACCUUACAAGCUUGUUCAAAGCACGUUUUUUAAAACCUUAUUUUUUAAGUACAUUUUUGGAGACCAAAGAGGUUUUGAGUUUAAAAUGUUUAAUGUUCUGAAAAAUGCGCUUGGAAAAAGAACAAGACCUCAGAUGUCUUUUUUUUUUUACAACUGAUGAGAUUUGAACUAAAUUGGGUUAAUGUAUGUGAAAAGAGUUGGCUGGAUGGAAGUCGUUUUUUAGAAAUACAAAUUUGAGGAUAGCUUCUGCUCAACUAGCUUCAAUCCGACAAUUAAAAAUAAAAUGUUUAAAAAUUGACGAAUUUAUAGGACCACUCAUUUGAACUAACUUUGAUUUUAUGAAAUACACCUCAUUGAGUCUUAAAGCUUCUUAGCAGAUGUAGUUUUAUCUUUGCUAAAAUUAAGAAGUGUAAACAAGGGUAAAUGUUGUUCACCUUGGAAUAUGGAUAGUUGACCUGAGGAGCAGGUGUCAGCUAUUCAUAAAGAAAAAGCAGAUGCUAGUAGCACAGAUGCUAACCCCAAAAUGGGCGGGGCUUAAUCUCUCUAUUUCUAUCCUAGAAGGCAAACACCAGAUCUAGUACUCAACAUGCUGUGCUGCUUGAAGGGUUUUCGCCCCAAAACAAAAGUCACAGAUGGUGUCAGGAGUUGAUCCACUCACUCAUUGCACUUCCUCUUUAAAGACAAUAUCAGCAUCUUCUGUCUCAACAGGGUUUUCCUUUGUUUUUACUGAUGGGAUCCAUGUUUAGCUACUUGUAUUCUGUUUUUGUCAAUGUCAUACAGUACAGUUAUAUUAGCUGAUCAGUGAUCUGCAUUUUUUUUUAAUAUGCUAAAAAAUCCGUAUCGAUCUUAUUAUUAUUAUUAUUAUCAUAUAUUAUCAAUGUUAUUACUAUAUGGGGAAUUUAACCCGAUAAGAAGUUUGUGUUUAUGCACUGAUAUCUUAUAAUUAAAGCAUACUGAUCUUACCCUCCCUCA